AGUCAUCGAAUUGUUAUUGAAGAUGAUUCUUCGGGAAUUUCUUUUUGUUUUGUGCUUUUCGAUGCUAUGUUGUGCUGGUGACAAAAAAUAUGUACCCAAUUGGGACAGUUUAGAUAGUCGGCCACUUCCGCAGUGGUUCGACGAGGCUAAAUUCGGCAUUUUUAUUCACUGGGGUGUUUUUAGUGUUCCAAGUUUCAAAUCAGAAUGGUUUUGGCAAUAUCAAAAAGUCAAGUUACCAGAAGUUGACAACUUUAUGAGAAAAAAUUACAAGCCUGGCUUUUCCUAUCAAGAAUUUGCCAAAGACUUCACAGCAACAUUUUACGAUCCUAAAAGAUGGAGCGAAAUAUUCGAAAAUUCUGGUGCGAAAUAUAUUGUUUUAACCAGUAAGCAUCACGAGGGGUACACUCUCUGGCCUUCCAAAUACUCAUUCAGCUGGAACGCUAUGGAUGUUGGGCCACAUCGAGAUUUAGUUGGCGAAUUGGCUGAUGCUAUAAGAAAGAAUACAAACUUGAAGUUCGGUCUCUACCAUUCCUUAUUCGAAUUUUUCAAUCCAUUAUGGUUAAACGACGAUAAAAAUAACUUCACUACGAAGGAAUUCGUCCACAAGAAAACUAUGCCAGAACUGAGAGAACUCAUCGAAAACUAUAAACCAGAAGUUCUGUGGUCCGACGGUGAAGCUCAUGCAACAGAAGAAUACUGGGAGUCUCGAGAGUUUUUGGCUUGGUUGUACAACGAUAGUCCAGUAAAAGAUACUGUUGUAACUAAUGAUAGAUGGGGAAAAGAUACGCACUGUAAACACGGAGAUUUCUACUCUUGCGCUGAUCGGUUUAACCCAGGAACUUUGCAACUACACAAAUGGGAAAAUGCGAUGACCAUUGAUCGAAAGUCAUGGGGCUACAGAAGAAACGCAGAACUAAGCGAUUAUUUCUCUCUGAAAGAUCUUGUCAAAGAAUUGGUUACCACUGUAAGCUGUGGAGGAAAUUUACUUAUGAACGUGGGCCCUACCAAGGAUGGAAUAAUCGCACCCAUUUAUGAAGAAAGAUUGCUAGGAAUGGGAGAGUGGUUAAAAACAAACGGUGAAGCUAUAUACUACAGUCAGCCGUGGAAAGUACAAAACGAUACCAUAAGUGGAGAUGUUUGGUACACAGUUGGUAAGAACGGAGAUUUGUACGCCUCUAUGUUGAAUUGGCCAGAAAGCGACGUUCUCAAGUUAGGUGCAGUCCGAGCUAUUGCCAAUACUCAAAUCAGGAUUCUCGGAUCUGACAGAAUGAUCGACUGGGAACAAUUAACGAACCAUCUUGCCAUCAAGCUACCUCAAUCUGCACAUCGAGGACAGCCAGCUUGGGUCUUGUGGAUAAAGAAUUAUGAACAAUCUCGUUAUUAAAGUUCUCAGUACGACCUUUAAAAGCUUCCGUGAAGUACUUAUUUUCAUGUAAAAAUACAAUUUUUUAUCGAUAAACGAGCUACCAUCAAAUU